ACCGUUUUGUCAGGUUGUCAUUUUAUGUGACGUCACGAUAUAAAAAACAUUAAUAAACCUUUCCCGUCGUGCAAAAGUGUAUCUGGUAUUGGGAAUAACGGUGCGCGUGCAUGAAUUUUUUCUGGAAUAAUCUUCAAACAAAAUGAAACACUUUUUCGCGAUCCUCUCUGUGUGUCUGGUGGUAGUGUACUGUCAACAAAGUAAUAGACCACCGCGUCCUCCAUCUAGCAUGGGCACCAUGGGGACGCCAGUACCGAUGCCCUCAGCAUCUCCAAAACCACCUGUCUCCCCUCCAAGACCUAAAGGAUGUUCCCCCGGAUGCGGUCCAACAGAAAUCUGUGCAGAACUUGGAAGGAGUUAUUGCAGAACUGGAGUUUGCUCUGUUUGUAUAAAAAUGUCAUCCAUCAGAUUCCCAGCAUCAGCUUUAGCAGGCAUGUUCACUCAACAGACACAGCCAAAACCUGUACAGCCAGUAGCACCAGUUCAACCUGUGCAAGUGAUGCCGCCAUCAAACCCAUUAAACACUAGUAAGAAUGCAACAAUCGGACAGUCGUCUGACACAGCAUCAACAGUAAUAGACAAUAAAAACCAAGAGGCACAGAUUUCUAUCGUAGAAUAUGCCGCAAAACAACGUAAUUUUUCACCAAACGAUAAUGGAAAUGCCGCUGAAUUUCCGACAGGAAAGUCUAGGCCUCCACCACCCUCUCCUCUUACAGCAAAUACGAGUAGCUACCAAGUACUUCCGGGAUUGCCCAAACUCAAGUCUAACGCAGCUGGUGUAGAUAUCAACAAUAUACAAGACAAACAAUCGAUGUCAACCUCUGUUAAAGAUACAACAGGAAUUGACCUCGCUAACAUGGAUACCAAACAGGUGAAAUACCCAAUCAUAGUCACAGUGCCAGAACCAUCGAAACCUUUAAAUACAGCUGCAAUGACCCAGGAUCAGAAUAAUGGGGCGCUAUCAAAACCUGCUGUCAGCUCAACAGGAGGCCAGACACAGGGUGAAAGUCAUUUGGGACAUAUUGACCAAACUCAAAUGUCAAAAUGGUACCUGCGAUAUCAGACAUUUAAAGCACAACAAGCUUUAUUGGAAGGAAAAAAACCAACAGCUCCGAAACAAACACCGGGCACUUUCGACUAUGCCACAUUCCAAAAAUUCCAACAAUGGUUAAAAUUGAACCAACAACAAACGCAGGCACAGGACCAAGCUACUUUGAUACAAACAAACACUGUACCGGUUAUAGCGACUCCUGUAGUUGAACCAACAAUACAGCCAAACUUACAACCAAUUGUGCCAGUUGCUACGCAAACCCUUCCUUCUUCGGCAGCAACAGCACAACCACCCACCGCCAUGUUCAAUGACUACAAUUCGCUGCAAAAACAAUAUAGCAAUUGGCUUCUGCAACAACAAAAUAAGCCGACAGCUGCAUUUACUCAACAACAACCUGUUUCAGCAGGCAACCUUCCACAACCAGUCCUUCCAGUUGCCCAAGUGCCUGUACAGCCGCAAAAUGCUCCCGGUCUUGCAUCCAUGCAACAACAGUUUCUUCAAUGGCAACAACAGCAGCAGCAAAGUCAGGCAAAUACUGCCGCAGUUCAGCUAAACCCUGUCGCCAGUAUGCCACAGCCAGCAACAUCAGUUGCACAAACACAAACUCCUGCUCAAUCACCCACCUUUGAUUAUGCCGCAUUCCAAAAACAAUAUCAGCUCUGGCAACAGAACCAAGCUAACAAAAAUCAGGCACCAACUACUACUGCAGCGCCCACAGUUGAUUAUUCUGCACUGCAACAACAAUGGCAAAAACAACAACAACAACAACAAAACCAAGGACAAAAUACCUCAAAUAAUCAACUGACACAACAAACGUCCUCUCAGGAAAUCCAGAGCAAUACUCAACAAAAUUCCCAAACUUCGCAACAACAGAAUACCUUCUCUUAUGUGCCGCAACAGCCUGUCAAUAACUUCAACAACGACCCCUUCUACUAUAACUAUCAACAACCUCAGCAAAAUACUUUCUCCAACUAUUACAACCAUCAGCCUCAAAACAAUAAUCUUGUUGAACCCGCAGCCAACGAUCCAUUUGCUAGUAAUAAUAACAACAUGAUGGACAUGAUGUUGUUCAGUGGUCUUGGUUUUGGAGGAGGACUUUUUGGGUUCUAAGAAGUUUGGACUCAUGAUGUUCGAAGGACUCGGUUUUGGAGGAGGCUUUUAAUUCUUUCACGAAUCAUGGAUGGAGGCGCAUACAUUCAUUCAUUUUAGAAUCUAUAUAUAAAUCUUGUAUUAAACAACAACUCAUUCUAUUCCAAAUUAAAUUUCAUUGAAUUUGAAACUGAAAAUGCAAGUCUAGGUUUGAACUUUGAACAUCGACAUACUACAAUAUCUCUCAUGUUGUACUGUUAGCCUCCUUUCAUUUCUACAGCAUCAACUACACGUAGCAUGCAUGAAUUACGAUUUUUGCAACAGUUGCUGAAAGAGUGGUUGAAACAUGUUUAUAAGUGUUGAAUUUGUAUAAUACUAUUAUAUAAAUUAAAUUAUACAUACACAUU